UCUAAUUCCACCUCUGUAUAUUAUUUCACUUUCACACACCCACCCCCAACCCAUUUUCAUUUUUCUAACAUUUAUUUAAAUUAAAUAAUCUCCUCUCUUCUCUUCAUCUUUCUCUUCUUCUUACAAAGCUACCACCGUUUUUUGUUUUUACACAGCUUUACUUUUGACUAUUUCAUUACCCAAACCACCAUGGCAACUCAGGUUUUGAACCCUCACGACUAUUUCAUCAUACCUCAACCACCCUCCUUCUCCCGCCGCUGCAACUAUUACGGCUACAACAACCGUACCACGACCUCCAGGUCUCACCGGAAACAUGUUGCACGACCAGACCUGAGAAAACGGAACGAUAAGAGUUCCUUCCAACUAGAGACAGCGUCGGUCUCGAAGAGAUCCAGCGCCGAUGAUUCAGCGACUGGGAAGAGCAGCAGCUCGCCUGUGGAGAAGGUGACGAUUCUCCGGAGAGGCCAGUCGCUGGAUUCGUCGUUGGUAGCGGCGAAGAAUGACAUGUACGCUGGAUCUGCGUUCGCGAUGUCUCCGUCACCAAGCGCGCUUCCUCUGCCGUCUUUUAUGACAAAGAAGCAGUCGCUAGAGACGUUUGACGACUCCGCAACGCGAGAUCUGAGGCGUUUGCUCCGAAUUGAUUGACGUACAACAAGUUUGGUUCGGGUCGGGUCAAACCCGAAUAACAAUCCAUAUGUAGUUCCGCUUCCACCUCUUUCUCUCUUGUAGAAUCGUUUUCUCUCUCCCUCACUGGACUCCGUUACCGUAAAUCAGCUUUUAGUUUCAACUUCUGACCCGAUCGUGAUUUUUUUAAACGAAAAGGUUAGAUCUGAAAUUGGGGGUGAUUUGUUGUCUAAAUGGUUUCGAGUAGCAUAGAGCCAUGUUGUGCAGUUCUGCUUCAUUUUGUAAAACUUAUUAAAUGGUUAAAGUAUAAAUUAGGGUUGCUGUAAUAUCAGUUUAAAGUUAAUUCAUAAAAUUAUCCGCCGUGUUGGUGGUUGAUGCGUAUAUUACGAUGUUUGUCCUUGACUGUGUUAACUGUGUCACUGUAAUGGGAAAUUGUGAAUGGGAAACACUUGAUGCUUUUUGUUAUUC